AUGCCCCGGCGGAAGCAGAGUCACCCGCAGCCGGUGAAGGGUGAGUGCGCGGCGGGCCCGGGGGGCGGCGGCGGCGGCCCGGCGGGGACCCGCGGCGCUCGGAGCGCUGCAGCGGACGCCGAGGAUGGCACCGAGGAGACGGCAAGAGCGGCGGUGGUGCUGCCCGGGAACCUGCUGCUGGGCCGUGGCCCCGCCUCCGAGAAGGGACCGCCAGCAGACACACUGGUGGGGAAGAUCGCUAUCCCAGCGUACGCCCUGAGCGACGAUGACUGCUCCUCCGGGUACCAGCAGCUGAGCGUGGAGAGCGACCCCGAGGAGGGGGGCGAGCCGGGCCCCGCCGCGCUGCCCUGCCGCCAGUGCGGGCUGCAGCUGGCUGCCAGCCUGGGCCAGAGCUGCCUGCAGUGCGCCGGCGCCGAGGGCGGCCGCAGCCAGCGCAUCGUCUACUCCUGCCAGCUCUGCCCCUUCGCCUCCCACUACUCCAGCCACCUCAAGCGCCACAUGAAGACACACAACGGGGAGAAGCCUUUCGCCUGCCCGCAGUGUGCCUACGCCUCUGCCCAGCUGGUGAACCUGACCCGGCACCUGCGCACGCACACCGGGGAGAAGCCGUACCGCUGCACGGGCUGCAGCUUCGCCUGCAGCAGCCUGGGCAACCUCAAACGCCACGAGCGCGUCCACAGCCAGGACAAGCCCUUCCAGUGUGCCGCCUGCGACUACCGCUGCAACCAGAGCCGCAACCUGAAGCGGCACAUGCUCAGCCACCGCCUGCCUGAGGGCGAGGGGCCACACCGGCGGGACAAGGACCCAGAGCCCCUGCUGCCAGAGCUGAGCCUGCACGUGGGCAGCGGCAGUGGCCCCUUCCUGCCGGGCUGCGCGCGGCUGCGGGGCGAGGAGGCGGCCGCACUGCCCGAGCUGCUCUUCCCCUUUACGUGCCGCAUGUGCGGGCUGGUGCUGGACGACGGCUUCGCGCAGGACGAGGGCCUGGCCGAGCAGGUGUGCGGGCGCUGCAGCCUGGCGGUGCUGGGCACCGAGCCGGGUGCCAGCCCCCGCAAGGGCACUGGGGACAAGGGCUUUGCCUGCAGCCUCUGCCCCUUCGUCACCCACUACCCCAACCACCUGGCGCGGCACAUGAAGACGCACAGCGGGGAGAAGCCCUUCGCCUGCCCGCUCUGCCCCUACGCCUCCGCCCACCUGGACAACCUGAAGCGGCACCAGCGCGUGCACACGGGCGAGAAGCCCUACAAGUGCCAGCUCUGUGACUACGCCUGCGGCAACCUGGCCAACCUCAAGCGUCACGGGCGCAUCCACUCAGGCGACAAGCCCUUCCAGUGCAGCCUCUGCAGCUACAGCUGCAACCAGAGCAUGAACCUGAAGCGGCACAUGCUGCGGCAUACGGGCGAGAAGCCCUUCCAGUGCCGGGACUGCUCCUACACCACUGGGCACUGGGACAACUACAAGCGCCACCAGAAGAUCCACGGCCACACGGCCGAGAGCUGGGUGAACCCGCGCAAUGCCAAAGCCCUCCUGGCCCCCCCAGCCGUGGGCACGGCCCUGCCCUGAGACAGCACUUAGCCCGGCAGGGGGCCUGGGGUGCCUGCCCUCCCCGGGGGAGGGAGCACAGGCGGGCACCUCCACGGGGGCUCAGGGCUGCCUUACAGCAGGCCCAGAGGCACACUGGGGCCGUGGCGCCCUGUCCUGCCUGGGCAGGGUGAAGUGACCGGCGGCUCUGACCCCUGCCCGUGUGGCAGCACGGCCAUGUCCCUGGCCACCCCAACUGCCUGUUUCUGCCUGCCAGAGCCUUCCUCUGCCAGGGUUUGGGGAAAAGGGGGAAGGGGGGAACAGGACUGGUUCCAUGGCGGUCGCCGUGCUGGUCAGUGUAAUUUAUAUUGUGUAUAAAAGCAUUAAACAGUCGGUUUUGUUA